AUGGAGGCCCUGGUAGCGAAGGCGGUGGAGCGGCUCGGCAGGAAGAAGGUGUGGCUCGUCGUGCGCGCCGUGCGCCAACUGCCCGAGGCGGAGCGCACCGUCACCGGCGUGCGUGAGGCGCUGCGCCGCAUCCGACUGUACCUCGACGACGCCAACUUCGCCGCACUCGUCGCGACCUUCGCGCCGAGCAAAGGUGGAAGCAGCAACAGCAACAACAGUGGGGGUGGUAGCAGCAAGGGCGAUGGCAAUGAGGCUAACGACAACAAUCCAUUUGACACCGCGGCGUUCGUGCGGGCGUUCCUCCCAACGCUGUCGCCGCGGCGGCAGCACGUCGUGCGGCUCGUGCUGAAGAAAGCCGACCCCGCGGCGUGCGGCUUCAUCCCGUUCGACGCGUUGCUGCAGCAGUACGACGUGAUGCGGCACCCGCUCGCCCUGACGCAGCGUGACCCGCAUGCUCUGAUCGACGAGUUCCUCGUCGACUUCGAGGAGGCCCAGCACGACGGUGGCAUUGCGACGGACGAGCUCGCGGCAUAUUACGUCGGCAUCUCCUGUACGACGCCGCGCGACGCCGACUUCGAGUUGCGCUGCAUCCGCAGCUUCUCGCUCGACCGGCCGAAGUGCAACGUGCUGGAGGAGGAGGCAGCAGCAACAGCAAGCGCGCUGCGCACCGGCACGCGCCGCAGCCGCACGCUGGUGCAUGGCGGGGCGGGGCACCACCCGCUCUACGCCACCACCGCGAUGGAGUACGGUAAGGAAUGCGAGAAAGCACAGUACAAUGGGCAGUUCUCGCGCAACCACUGCUUCACAAAGUACGCGCCGAUGCAGCGCGGUGGGGGCGCCACGUCUAUGAACAUGUAA